AUGAGCGCUCGUCGAUACAACUACUCUGAAAUUGAUGAGUUGAAUAGGAUUUUGACAGUUGAAAGAGAGCUGGUCCUAAAAACCCAAGAAAACUACCGUAUCCUCAAGGAGAAAUUUCUGGAAAUUUCCAGAGAAAAUGAAAAUUUAAAAAUCGAUCGAAAGAAGCUUCUAGAAGGAGAAGAGUCUCGAGAGAAAUUGCAAGAAUUGGAGACAAGAAGUGACGAAUUGAUCAAGAAAAUGAAACAAUCGAAUGAGGAAAGAGAAGUGGGCGAAUUUCAUUUUUCGAUUUUCAGGCAAAAAAGUUUUCUAGGUUCGCUAUGA